AUGAAGCCCACUCCUCUCAACAAAGAACCCAUUUUCUUUCGUGAAGAACAGAGUGAGCAAAUCGAACGCUCAAGCAACCAUCUUGAACAUACUGAUGUACCUAUCGAGCUGGACAGUCAGCAUGUUGCAAUCCAGAAUGAAACUUUUGCUAUCAACGAGGAGGCAUUGGGUACUAACCUACCCAAGAAUUAUUAUCGAUCUUUCGGCUUCAUUGGGACUAUCAUCGCAUUGUGUCUAGGCAAUAUCAGCAAUUAUCUGGGAUACGUCCUACCUGCCAAUCUCCUCACAUACAUCGACGAAGACAUCGGACCCUCGCCCAAUAUUACCUGGGUCUCAAUUUCGUAUACACUAGGCCUCAGUGUCGGGUUCCUGAUCGUUGGACGAUUCUCAGAUAUCUUCGGUCGGCGCUGGUUUUUCAUCGUUGGCAAUGGAUUUGGCCUGUUGGGCUCCAUCGUCGGUGCAACUGCCAAAAAUGUCAAUACGUUGAUUGGCGCCGAUGUACUAAUGGGCCUCGCCGGCGCGGUACAAAUCUCAUUCACAGUAGCUGUCAGUGAGCUGGUACCCAACAAAGUUCGACCUCUGGCAGUCUCAGCCAUUUUCUUCUCAAGCUUUGAGAUUGCUUGCUUUGGCCCUGUGAUUGGAAUAUCACUGGAAAACGGGACUAAGCUUACGUGGAGAUGGGCCUACUAUCUCAACAUCAUCAUCUCGGGGCUCGCCGUUUUGUGCUUCUAUUUAUUCUACCACCCACCUGACUUCAAUCUGCUACAUAUGGAUCGUUCCAAAUGGGAGCAGUGUAAGAGGCAGGAUGGUGUUGGGUUUGUUCUCUUCACUGGCGGCCUUCUACUCUUCAUCAUGGGCAUGAGCUGGGGUGGUACUGUGCAUCCUUGGAACUCGGUAUAUGUUAUUGCGACUAUUGUGGUCGGAUUCUGCUUGCUGGCCGCAUUUGUCGCCUACGACGCCUACGUACACCAGGGGGAUGCUCUGCUGCCCGCUCGUCUAUUUCGCCAACCGGGCUACCUCGCAAUGAUAAUCACGGCCACAGUUGGUAGUUGUGUAUACUAUUCGAUGAACGUCCUUUGGCCAAAACAGAUAUCGUAUCUUUUCAAGGGUUCCACUCUGCACGAUGGCUGGCUUGCUUGUAUUGUUGGCUCGUCAUGUCUCCUUGGACAAGUUGUUGGUGGAGUGCUCUGCCGUUAUAUCAAGCAAUCCCGAUGGAUUUUAAUGACAGGAUGCGCUUCCCUUCUUGCAUUUUCUGCAGCUAUGGUAUCCAUCAAACCUGGGGAGCAGGCAAAGGGAAUCGGACUCAUGUUCUCAGGUUGCUUCUCGGUCGGCAUUAUCGAGACUUGUUCCCUUUCUCUUGCGCCACUAACACUUCCGACUGAAGACAUUGGCGCCGCUGUUGGAGCAUUAGGAAGCAUUCGCUCUGGAGGUGCUAGUGUUGCAACUGCAAUCUAUGUCACCAUCUUGAACAAUAAGUUGGCUACUCUUCUGUCCCCUGCCAUGGUCAAAGCUGCUGAGAGCGCCGGGCUACCAGAGUCAAGUGUGUCCGCGUUGGAGGCAGCCAUAUCAUCCGGUGAUUACAGCAAUGUUCCUGGAAUAAACUCCAAGAUAAGUACUGCGAUCAAUACCGCGAAAGCAGCUGCCGCGGCGAAUGCUUUCAAGUUCGUUUGGUAUGCAGUUAUUGCCUUUGCUUCGGUGGCACUACUCGCGAGCUAUACCACAAUUGAUUAUGGCGAAUAUCUUAACAAUGAUGUGGCUCGAAAAAUCCGCCAGUCUAAAGGAAACGAGGAAGGAAGCGAAAAAGAGAUAAAACCGUCGUCGGACGUGUAG